AUCGAAAAAGUUGGUUAUCGCGCAUUCCAGCUGGCACCUGCAAAAAAUUCUAACACGUGCGAAGUGUUUUGUUGUAGUUUUAUUUUAUUCUUUAUUUCAAAUUAAUAUCACUCAUUGAUUUGAAUACAGAUUAUCGUUCCUUCCUCUCUCCUACUGCCAACAUGAACGACGACGAAUCUGGUGACGACAUAGGGGAGCUACAAGAGCUUUUGGGUGUUUAUGCAAGGGCAGAAACGGAAGACACAACAUUAAAGCGAAACGAUGCUGUAGAAAAUGAGCCUACCUACGUUGAGGUCCCUAUGGAGAAGGUUAUUUUCGGUGAUAAGCAAUCUUAUAUAUCAAAUCUGGCGAAAGCAGUUGGAAAAAAGUAUGCAACGAGCGACAAUGAAAAUAAAACUGAUGACGAACAGGCGGACUCAGAGGACCCUUCUAGAAAACGGAAGGCUGCGUGGACAGAUUCUGACGACGAUGAUUUGCAAGUGGGUGACGUAAAGCGUCAAACACGCUACACUGGUCCGAUCCAACAUCUUAGAAAAGACAAAUCCUAUAAACAAUUUCUGGAGGCACGCUUUGCACGUACCAGCGUCCAACCGAAAUGGGCAUCACUUGAAAUGAAACCAAAACAGGGUGACAGUGACGAGUCGGAAGACGAACCGCUCCUGAAAACUGUCGGAUUUAUAGACCACAAAGCUAAGAGACGACAGCUGCGUGAAAAGCUUUUAAAGUCAAAGCGUCUGAAGGAUGUAAAUCGUAUGUCCUACAAUGAAGGUGUAAUUACAAGUCUUCAGUUCCAUCCCACCAGCACGGCGGCGCUUGUGUCGGGCAAAAAUGGCAUAGCAUCCAUAUACGCCCUCGAUGGCACCAAGAACGAAAAACUGCACAGUAUUCGUUUCCGUAAAUUCCCUAUCAACUGCAUGCGUAUUGCUCCCUGUGGAACCAAGGCGUAUUUCGGAUCAUCUAUGCCGUUUUACUACUCCUACGAUCUGCUCGAAGCCAAGGAGACUAAACUUAAGCUGCCCCGGGGGAUACACAAGUUCGACAUAUUCGAAGUGUCGCCAUGUGGCAAGUAUAUUGCUGUGUCCGGAAAAUUCGGCGCCAUUCAUCUGUUCGCCACCAGUUGCAACGAACUGCUCCAUUCCUUCAAGCAAGAGGGUCACUGUCGUGGCAUGUGCUUUACGGCUGACUCACAACAUUUACUGACCUGUGGACAUAGCAACAGCAUUAACAUCCUCUCCUUGCGCCAGAACAAAGUGGUUCAUACCUUUUUGGAUGACGGCUGCGUCACCGGGCAGGCUCUGCAAUUAGCCCCAAAUCAGCGACUCUUAGCAACUGGUAGUACUGAGGGCGUCGUUAAUGUUUACGACUAUGAGAGUGUCUAUCAAUCGAAUACUCCGAUGCCAGAGAAGAGAUUCAUGAAUUUGCGCACGUCCAUUUCUCAUGUUCAAUUUAAUCACACAUCAGAAUUGUUGGCUAUGUCGUCGAAACACGCACCAAAUGCUCUUAAGGUGGCACAUUUCCCGAGCGCAACUGUGUACUCCAAUUUUCCGCUCCCUAAUGAAAGUUUGGGCCAUGUGACCACAACGGCAUUUUCUCCAUCAAGCGGCUUUCUGGCACUUGGAAAUAGUGAUGGAAAGGUGCCACUUUUUAGGCUACAUUAUUUUAAAAACUACUAAUGCGGUUACAAGUUGAAUAAACAAAUACAAACAAUUUUAA